AUGGGAGCAACAGAUAGCAAACUUGCCUUUAGGAAAACUGUAUUCAAGCUGUAUGAGGAAAAGGAUAUUUCUGCAACUGAAGACGAAUUUUGGCGUUCUUUUUGGGAACUACCUGAGUCUGUUGACGACGUGUUUUCAUUAAUUGGAGCAAAUGAUAUUCGACGUGUGAGAGAUAGUGCAAGAAGUAACAUGGAACUUUUGACACUUGAUAAGAUAUUAGAGAAAAUGAAAACUAUCUUGGAAGCAAAGAACUUUCCUUCAGAACAGAACUCUAUCAACCACCUUUUAAACUGUUGUAGAAUAUUGACGCGAUUAAUGCCAUUUAUAUUUGAAAGUGCCGAAUGUCAACAAUGGGAAGAAUCUUUUUUUUGGGCUCCUAGACAUCAAGAGAAAGAGACAAAAACAGCAGACAACAAACCCGAGUAUGAAAUGUUGCCAUGUCGUGCAGAGUUGCUAUUAAAAAUGACUAUUCAAGCUUUAUAUCUUUCUGGAUUCACACUUCCUAUUGCAGUAGCGACAAAAGAAUCUAAAAUUGUAUACACUAUCUGGGAAAACGGCGUAGGAGCAUCCACAUCAUCACUUGCAACUUCCAAAGAUAUUGAAUCUAAUCGCACAGAGGUACUACGGUUACUCACCGUUCUACUCUCCAAAUCAAUGUACAUUCCACCUGCACAGUUGCUAUCAAAAGAAGACUUUUGGCUGAGACAUGUUGUAACCAAAACAGAGAAGAAAGUCGUACUGGUGCUACUUUGUAGCUUGAUGAAUGCUGUCUGUAACUAUGAUCCCACAGGAUGGAUGCCAUAUACACACAUUUUGGGUGAAAAUAAGGAACAGAUGGUAUCGUUCAGUUUAACUUGUUUGCUCAUCCUACUGGACUACAGAACACCACAGCAGGCAGAUCUAAUGCGCCAGGUUGACUCUAGCUCUUCGCCUGUCAGUUCAGAAUUUCCGCCUACUCAGGUAGAGGUGAUAACACUUGAAAGUCCAGAUGUGAUUACUGUAUCCAAAUCAAGUGUCGAGCUAGAGGCGUUCUCUCCACAAGAUCAGACUGGGGCCAGUGGUGUCAUCGAUAAUGCCUUCCGCCACUACAUGUCUAAGCUGCACCGACCUAAAGACUUUGAGUUUUUAGUAGAUGGGCUUUAUCGUAUCCUAGUCAAUCCAAUGACCGCUGUGAACACGUAUCUACCCGGAUCAACUAAACGUGUGAGCUGUUUUGUGGAAGUCAUGAUGUUUUGUUGGCGUUUGAUCGAGAUAAACUCUAGGUUUAGAGAUUAUCUUGUGGAGACAGAUCGAGUGCUUGACCUGACCGUAGCCUUGCUUUUCCACGCCACAGAGAACAAGACUAAUAUAGCACAACUGGGCUUAGUAAGAAUGUGUGCAUUUAUGCUUCAGACAUUGUCGUCUAACAAGGGAUACUGUGUUAAGCUCAACAAGCAAUUUUCAACACAUUCAUCCCUACCUUCCAUCAUUCGCCUCUAUGCAUUCAAUGGCACCUAUGCUGACUUUUUGAUUAUUUCAAUAUUUUCACUCAUCGCCUCAACUCAUGGCGCACUUUCCUCGCUUUAUCCUGCUUUGACUCUGACGAUAACCAACAUCUCGCCUUAUAUAAAGAGCAUGGGAGUAACUACAGCAUCGAAAUUAAUAAGCUUAUUCCACUCCAUGUCAUCUCCUAGCUUUUUAUUGAAUGAUGAAUACAAUUACUUACUGGGGACAUAUUUAUUAGAAGCAUUUAAUAACAUCAUCCAUCAUCAAUACGAAAACAACCCCAAUUUUGUCUAUUCUGCCAUACUCCAUCACGAUUACUUUGAAAAGUUGAACCAGUUGACCUUUGAUUCUGCAUUGACUGAAGUAGAGAGAUUGCGUGCACUAAGGGAGAAAAAGGGAGAGAUAGAGAAUGAGCCAAAAGGAAAAACUAAAGAAGAACAAAACGAUGAUUCGACUAAAAGAGAAGAAGAAGAAGAGCAACAAGUAGCUGAAGGGUCUUUGACAGUUAGUGACAAUAGCAGUUCUAAAUUCGUAUCAAAAUCUGGGUUUACCCCAACAGAGGAGUGGUUCAAUUCGUGGAAAUCAAAGCUACCCUUGGAAGAGAUUAUAAAACUGUUGGAAUUCCUAGUUCCAACGAUUGAAGAAAAGUGUAAAGAUAAUGAUAUCGCACUUGAUGAGAUAAAGACAUACCUAGCAACCGUCUCGACCAAGGAUGUGCUGACGAAAGAAUGCCCGAUAUUUAUUCGAAAGUUUCAAUGGGGAGAGGCAUUGUUUAUAUGGUUCAGAAGCAUGCUUUGGGGGCAAAAUUAUGUUGGUACGAUGAAGGAUUAUGGCCCAUGGAAUGGCACAGCUGUCAAAUUAUUUCAAAUUAAACAAGGUUAA